AUGGAAUACGACCCCAAAGUGCCCAAGUAUCAAACAUCGGACCCGACGUCAUUUGCGUAUGAAUCGGCGCGGAAACGGUGGCCGGCCAUCAUCACCGGCGCCAUCGACGACGUGCACCGCACAGUGGCGUCGUUGCCCGAGUCGGACAAAGAUGCAGUGGCCGAAGGCAAGUCGAUUAUCUCGGGGCUGGCCACGCUCAAGUACGAGCUGCAGCAUAACCGGGUCCUGACUCCCAUUCCCGACGACGGAUCCCCCGAUGUCCAGGGGUACAACGCGGAGCUUGAGGCACGGGGCCCUCCCAAAUGGCACGACGUGGAAUGGUUGUUUUCGGAAUGCUACCUAUAUCGACGGGUGGCGACGUUGUUCACGCUGGCCAAGACGCCGUUCUGGAGAGGUUACGACGUGUUCCGACGGCAGAAGAUGAGCACGUUCAAGUCGUCGCGGCCCGCGGUCUUGGAGCUGGCCGGCCGGUACCGCGACAUCAUUACGCAGAUCCGGACGUCCAAGAACCACGGCGUGGUCGGCGACAGCAAAACCGCCGACGAGGAAAAAGAUGCCGAACGCCUGCUGUUUGUCGAAAUGGCCGAAAUCUGUCUGUGGGGCAAUGCCACCGAUUUAUCUCUGUUGACCAGUCUGACGUACGAGGAACUCCAGAAACUACAGGGCAGCCAAGCGCGCAAAGACUCGGAGGAAAAAGUGCUCGUCAACGAUCUCGGACAGGCCUUUGAGGUGUUGUAUUCAUUACAGCACCAGAAGAAGUCUGACAGUAGAAGAGUCGAUAUCGUCCUUGACAAUGCCGGGUUCGAAUUGUUUGUCGACCUCGUGCUCGCGGGGUAUUUGCUCGCCACGGGCCUUGCCACCGAAGUCGUCCUGCAUCCCAAGAGCAUCCCGUGGUUCGUGAGCGACGUGGUGCCCGGCGACUUUGCGGCGCUGCUCAACGCUAUGGCCGAUCCAAAGGCGUUUUACGACAUUAAGGACGACGCCGAUGGAGACUCGGCUCUAAAGGCUGCUGAGGUGCCGCCGCUGUCGGACGCCGAUGCCGAACUGAUCAAGUUUCUUUUUGAAGACUGGAGCAGCCUACAUGAAGAAGGGAGACUGAUUCUGCGGCCCAACCGUUUCUGGACCCAUGCCGGCAGCUUCUGGCGCAUGCCUCAUACCGCGCCGGAAUUGUUCGACGAUCUCAAGGACAGCCAAUUGGUUGUUUUUAAGGGUGAUUUGAACUAUCGCAAGCUGACUGGUGAUGCUGCAUGGCCCGCCACGACACCCUUCACAACGGCUAUCGGCCCACUUGGACCGUCGUCCGGCAUUAGAACCCUCGCACUGCGCACAUGCAAGGCCGACGUGGUGGUUGGAUUGCCAGAGGGCAAGGACGAGGAGAUCCGGGCGUCCGAGGGCGGCGGCGGCGACUCGGGCGCCAGGAAGUGGGCUUGGAGUGGGAAAUGGGCCGUGGUCCAGUUCAGCGACGGGAAAGCUUGA